CAGACCGAUGAGGACGGAACAUAGACGUCAGACUCGCUAACAGACUCAUUCCAUGAUGAACAUGAACCCGGACUUCUACUCACUGGACUUCUCCAUCCAGAGCUGUCUCUCUGGCCUCUACUUGCCAUUUGAGGCCACAGCUCCCACCGUGCUGAGCCAGCUCUUUGAUUUGAUCGAGGCCCAUUAUGGCGGGGACUCGCUUCGGUGCCUGAUCGACUUUCUGAUCCCAGCCAGGCAGCUCCUGGAGAGGGUGCAGCAAGCAGCGUGUGCCUCGUAUUCUGAUGUAAUCUUCCGCUGUGAGGGCUGGCCACUAUGCUUACACGACCGUAUUGUCAUCCAUCUUGCUCCCAUCGACCCUCGGCUGCUCUCAUCUGGUGAUUUCUACCUGCAAGUGGUGCCUGCUCGGGAGCAGGAGGUCCGCAUCGUGGUUCGGAGCCUGGCAGAGAAGGGUCAGCAUGACCUUGAGGAGAUUCCCAUACCAGAGACUUUGUACUGCCGUAUUUUCACAGAGGAUUGGCUUCGAGAGCUUAAUGUGGACAAGCACGGAAGGUCGCUCAGCUGCUGUGUGCUGGCCACUGAGCAGAGUUUUAUAAAAGUACCUUGGGAUCAAGUGGCCAACCCAGAGUUUGUGGACGAGCUUCUACGCAUGGAGUCUAAGAACAGACCUUACAAGCAAGGUUCACCUGGACAACCCGGGUACUCCGUCGAGACGAGAAUCUGCCCUGCCAAGGACGGUAUUGCUGUUUCUUUGUGCUUAGUGGACACGUCUAGAAAAAGUAGUAUGGACCAAACGAUGCCAGGAAUGAGACAAGUAGGCUGGGUGUCUGCAAACACUUGGGACAGUCGCAGUGAAAACUGUUUUGUGGGAAAGGACGUAAACCACAUCCAAGAAAUGGAAGCUGUGAGGAACUGUCGGACCUCGGGUCAACCUAGCAACUCUCAAAGGCCCAACAGAGUCAUGCCUCCAUCCCUUGUUUCUGACAGUCCUGCUGCUCCAGAUCGUCCCACCUGUGUUCGUACUGUGAGGUUUGCAGAGCAGCCUUGCACUCCUUGCCUGAGGAGAAAGCAUGGACAGGGGAGCACCAACCAAGAGUGCAGAUACAAGGAGUCUUACAAAACAAAUCAGAGCUACGGUGAGAAAAGGCAACAGGAGCCAAAUCUGCCUGAAAGAAGUGCACGGAAAGACUCUCGAACGCUCCACAGACCAAACCGGAAACAAUGUCCUCAGGCUCAAACGAAUGAUUCUCAGGGUACCGUUGUGGACUUAACAAACCAGGGUGAGGAAACCAUCACCUGCCUCACACCAACCGUGCUUGGGACAUCAGAAAAGUGUCACAUCGUUUCCCAGGAUUUCCAUGGAUCCCCUAGUGAGGGAAGCAGGGACAGCUGUACAGAGAUGAUCCCGAGGCUGCAUGUAGUCCGUGGAAGAAAGACCACCACCUUCGGUCUCGUGUCCCCAAAGUUAAAUAGGCGAAUGCCACCAAAGCAAGGUGGCACAGAUCGCUCAUGCAGAGCUGUGGUCGAGGUUUCUGGAGAUCAUCAGCACUGGAUGUCUUCUGUCUUCUCCAGCGCAGAGAUCUCAAAUCUACUGCUUUAUUUCUAUACCAUCAUCAGGAAGGAGAUCAGGGAGCUCGGGAUGAUGCUCGUGUAUGACGGCCGUGAGGCGGCGCUACAUCCAAAACUCACUGAAGCUCUGCAGACACUGCAGGAGCACCAUCCGAGAGUUAUCCACAGGGUGAUAAUCCUAAUCAACAAGGAGAGGAGUCACAAUCAUAAGAAAUAUCCUGCAGACAUGGAGGUUGUGACAUCACUGAAAGGUCUUCAUAAGUAUAUAGACUGUACCCAGCUGAGCCCGGCACUGGACGGCACGUUUCCUUACAGUCAGAGGGACUGGCUGCAACUUCAUCAGGAAUUGUAUCCGUUCGUGUUCGACCUGAAUAAAGCAACAAAUCUGCUCCUAGACGCCAUCAGAUCAGUGGAAGGAAUUCAUAAAAUACACACCGCUCAGGAUGUCCAGCAGUGCAUUCAUGAACAGAGAGCGUUGAUGAAGGAUGUGCUAGAGGAUGCCCGAUUGGUCACCUUACAAAGGGAGGGCAGGGCUUUGCUGGCCAGGUUGAGAUGGGAAAGCGAUGUAAGAUCGACACGCUUCGAAGCUAGCCGUGAGGUCCUGGACACGGUGGACAGCCUGUAUAAUCAGCUGGAAGAAACCGUCCAUGUGCUGGUCAGGAGAUCCAACAUGUCCUUUCAACAACUCGACUUCCUACUGCAGCUCCGGGAGAUGGAGUCAAGGUUCACUGAGAUAAAGGAAUGGUUUGAAGUUGAGGGAGAGAGACGAAUCCUGGAGGCUGAAUCUGUAAAGGAACCGAGCGAGAGAAUUCAGGAGACCCUGCAGUGCCUCUCUAACGUCCUCGCUGAAGCUAACGAACACAUGAUUCAGGCAAUGAGGUUAGCAACUAAAGCUGAAAGCAUCCACGGGCCAGACUACCCAGAAACCGAGGGGUUCCACUCCCUGGUGUCCACGUUUAAAUCCAACCUGUCGGACUUUCUACGUCAAGCCAAGCAGUACUGCGAUCAUCUGGAGACGAUGGUGCAUUUGUGCCACUUCUGUGAACAUGCAACUGAAGUGGCCAGGGACUGUUCUCAGGAGCUGGAACAGGACAGACUACAGUCUAUGACCCAGCAGGAGAAGUGGGCCACCCUUCAGCGAUGCCACGAAAAGCUCAGCGAGUUCUCCCCUGAACACUUCCAGGAGGCGAAGGCUCAAGCCUGCUCUCUGCACACCUCCAUGGGCAUGCAGGUCUGGAAUAUGACUUGGCGCAGGUGUCAGGAGGUCAGUCGGCAGCUGGAGGACAUUCUGCAAGAGCUCGAGCGGGCACGACAGCAGCCAGAACCUGUACCAUAUCCGUACAGAUGUCACGGAGACGGAGAGGGAAGCGCUGCUGAGGUCUCCGCUGAAGAUGCGCCGGUGCUUAGACGGCAUGACGUGCGUAGGAACUCACUCGGUGGUGCAGACACCAAGUCCCGACCGGAGAGAGACAGUAUUUAUGGAACGGUGUCCUGCUUUAAUAUUAAUUUCAGGCAGUCACGUAAAGGUCGGAAAGGAACCAAAGCGACUACAGUUCCAGAUCAGGACCAAAACGCCAGGAAGACGUCAAAAGAGCACGGUCAAAAAGCAGCUGAGGUUCCACACACCGCUGGCUGCCAGUGGUUCCCCUGGCAGCACACCUCACCUCCUAACAAGAAAGAUUCCAGCUCCAAUAGAACCCAGGUCCAUCAAUCAACAUCCACUGAACCCCAGACUUCCAAAUCUGUCUGCUUUAAUGGUCAUACGUUAGAACCCACCUGCGCUGGAGCUGUUCCUCAGAACCCAGUACCUUCCUGUCUACCUUCUUCAGCCCAGCAAACACCAAUCCAUCACCAAUACCCACAUCCUGACGCUUUCUUCUCAGAGGCAAGGCUCUCUGGACGUACAUCCCGCUCCGAGGAGACACUCAGCUGGGGAAGUGAGGGUACUAACGCCCUGUCCAACCCCAGCACUGCUAGCAACACUAUGAAGCUGGAGCGCAUCAUGGAGGAGUUGUUGUUCACAGAGAUGGAGUACGUGCGCUCUCUGGGUUACGUCCUGACCCACUAUCUCCCCCUGCUGGCACGACCCGACGUUCCUCCGGACCUGAGAGGUCAGCGUGGGAGGAUCUUUGGGAACCUUGAGAAGCUGUAUGAUUUCCACUGUCAUUACUUUGUGCAGGAGCUCGAGGACUGUCGGACUGAACCUCUCAUGGUGGGCCGCUGCUUCCUCAGACAUAAAGAGAAUUUUGGACUUUAUGCUCUCUACAGCAAGAACAAGCCUCAAUCAGAUGCUCUGGUCAGACAGCAUAAGUUCUUCAAGUGUAAACAGAAGGAGCUGGACGACAGCAUGGAUCUGUCCUCCUACCUGCUGAAACCCGUACAGAGGAUCAGUAAGUACAGCCUGCUGCUUCAGGAGAUGCUGGCCGAGUGUGGAGCAGCACAGAGCCAGGAGGGACUGGAGAUCCAGGGCGCUGCUGAGGUGGUCAGGUUCCAGCUACGCCACGGAAAUGACCUGCUCACUAUGGACGCCAUCCAGGGUUGUGAUGUGAAUCUGCAGGAACAGGGUCAGUUAAUUAGGCAGGACGAGUUUUACGUGAUGUUCCGUAAGAAACGAGCUUUGCGCCGGGUGUUCCUGUUUGAAGAACUGAUCCUCUUCACCAAGACCAAGAAAACCCCGCGUGGAGACGACGUCUACGUCUACAAACAGUCUUUUAAGACGUGUGAUAUAGGACUAACGCCGACCUGUGGGCAGAGCGGCCUGUGCUUUGAGAUCUGGUUCAGAAGGAGGAGAAUCCAGGACCUGUACAUUCUGCAGGCUGAGAGGCCGGACGUGAAGGAGGCCUGGACUUCAGAUCUGCAGCACAUCCUGUGGGACCAGGCGCUGAAGAACAGAGAGAUGAGGAGACAGGAGCUGGUGCUGAUGGGAAUGAGCAGUAAACCUUUAAUGAACUUUCAACCCGCCGAACCGACCAAUCAGAACAGAACCAUCACCCACCUGCUUCCAGGAAGAGAAAUUGCAGCAUUUUUAAAUUCACCAAAUCCCUCAGCCUCCAGACUCCGAAGCGACGCGGCGCUGCAACGACCGGAAUCGAUUGGCCCUGGCAGCAGAGCUUCGACCUCGGGCAGCCAAUCAUCUUCCUCCUCCGGUCGAGGCUCUUUGUCUCCCAGUGGUUUCCAUGAUAACCAGGUUGAGAGGAGGAACCGUGGGGUCUGUGGGACUCAGGUACCUCAUGGUGGAGACGAUGAGCAGAGCCAGAACCGUCUGCCUGGUAGCGGGAACGUGCUUCCAUAGACGAGACUGCAAUGAAGACAGAAAUGCGACACACUGACCAGAUUCACUGUAUGGACAAAAGUAUUGGGACGCCCUUACUAAUUACUGAAUUUAUAUGUUUCAGCCACAACAACUGCUAACAAGUGUAAUCAAUUAUAUCAAAGAAAUGAUAUGCUUCCAACUUUGAAGCAAUAGUUAAGGGAAGGCUCUUUCCUGUUCCAGCAUGACUAUAAACUCUAUAGACAUGAAGAAAAUCUCAGUUUAAAGAACUGCACAGAGCCCUGACCUCAGCCCCACUCAACAGCUCUGGAACGGAACAUCAGUACAACAUCGGUGCCCUGCCCUGCGCUGCCAUAUAAAUCCUCUUUUGACUGAAUCGGCACAAAUUUCCACAGACAUACUUCAAGGUCUUGUCAGAGGCCUUGUCAGAAGCACACAAAGGUCAGUCUAGGUCAGGUGUCCGAAUACUUUUGGUUAUAUAGUGUAAAUUCUUAAUGAAGCUCGAUCUGGAUGCUUCGACCAUGUUAAUUAGUAGAUUAUUAAACUGCUCAGUGUUUUUAAAGGGUCACUAAUGUUUCUUUGUUAAUGUUGUUUCUGGAUGGAGGUGUGGAAAUGCUGGAUGCUUUUUUUUAUCCACUUUUUGUUAUUUUAAAUAAAUGUUAUUUAAAAUUGUAAUUAAUUUUAUUUCCUCUACGGUGUCCAUGUGAAGCACUUUUUACUGCAUGAGUAUGUUGGAUUGGGUUUGUACACAGUGUUUCUAUGUAACAAAUGUUAAUAAUAAAGUUCUCCUGAAUUAAAAUGUUUGUAUUUCAA